CACUAUGAUUAUUAUCUACUAAUAUUUUCUUAAAUCUGUCAUUCACAACACGAACUAUAAUAGAUGGCUUACGUUAUCAUAUCGAAAACUGUGAAAUAAUAGAUAUGUAUUAUAAGAAAACAAGUAGUGGAGUACUUAUAUUAAUAUUGCAUCGUGAUAAUUUUGUCUAUAAUAAGUAUAUUAGGCCAAGUUGUUCAACUUACCAACUUCAACCCUACGUUUUAAACUGGUUGUCGAUAUGAUCGUUCGGUUCAAAAAAUUGCAUCAAACGUGGCAAGCUUAUAACAUCAUCAUAUUGAUAUUGCAAUGAAAACAUAAAUAUAUAAAAUUUCCUUCAAAAACUUGAAAUAUCAAUACAUUAUUGUUUAAUUAUUCAGAAGAUAGUAUAUUAGAAAACAUUAAACCAGUGUUACGAUUGACUUUUUGUAGACCACAUAUAUGGACAUUAAUGUGUUACAAAAUGUAUUUUAUAUAAAUUUGACUAGUUAAUGAAAGAAUAAUUUCAUAUAUAAAAAUUGAUAAACUCUCCAACUUGCAGAAUCUAAAAACUCCCUUUGUCUCCUCCUUAUAAGGAGCCCUCCCUUGCCCUUCUUAUAGCAACUUUUUCAUCCACUCUCUCCUCAAAUAAUAUUAUUAAUGGCGUCAAAGACUAGAAGCUCGGGCUCGUCAUGGACGUUCAGACAGAACAAGAUGUUCGAGAGAGCCUUGGCAGUUUACGACAAGGACACACCAGAUCGGUGGCACAAUGUGGCAAACGCAGUCGGAGGGAAAUCUGCAGAGGAAGUUAAGCGUCACUAUGACAUUCUCGUCGAAGAUCUCAUCAGCAUCGAAACUGGUCGUCUCCCUUUGCCCAAUUACAAGACUAAAUCUAACUAAAGAGGCAUCAAUGACCUUGACACGAGGUUAAUGAAGAAUAUGAAGAUAUAAUGAAGUUUAUUGUGAUCAAUUGUAAGGACAAGUAUCACACAUUCUUAAGUCUAUUGAUUUAUGAUUAUGUAUUCUUCUUUCGCUUUCAUAUUUGUCUUUGUUUAAUGUACUAUAAUUGAAGAAUUGAAACUUUGUUGAAGAUUUGAAUUAUGAUAAAUCAACUAGAGAGUAUAAAGGGAACCCGACAAGAAUAUUGUGUUCUCCUAUUUUAGCAAA